CCUAUGUACUCGAGUUUCCUCUUCGUCGGCGACCUCGACAUCGGUGAACAGAGGUGACAGUGGAGAACGAGAGUUCAAGUGCGCCGGAACAUCCCCGAAGCGAAGGACGAACUCGUAGACCCGCGGAUCGGAGAAACUUGAAGAAUAAACUAAUCGAAGGUACUUCGAGUUCGAGCUUCCAUCGGCUGGAUCGAGGAGAUCCGAAGAGAGGCAGGCGGAGGGAGGCAAAGGAGGCUCGUUACCUGAAAUCUGGGAUCUCACCUGGACGCGAGUAGUCGGUGCUGUUCCCGCGAGGCGUGACGAGGUGGGGGUAAGGCUAGUCGUUGGCGCGCUUCGAAACCCCGAACGGGAAGGCAAUCUGCUCGAAUCCGGCGGAGCGCGAGCAGGUUAUCCCGUGGUGAGCGCGUUCGUUCGGUCGCCCCGUUAUUGGAGAAGGGAUCGGAGCACGGACAGACGGACGGGCGGUGUGAGAGAGAGAGAGAGAGAGCGAGAGGGAGAGGGAGAGAGAAGCAAGCGGCUGCGAAGCCGUGAAAGAAGCGGGAGUAUCGGAGCAAAGACUGGGCAACACGGUGCGAGCGAGAUCGAGACCAGAGGGAGAGGAAGAGAGCUCGAGCUUGUGUUAUAGGAGACGAAGCGGAGGGAGGGACGAAGAGAAGGGCAGACACACGUCUAUAGGAGGUAGUCACGAGCUUGGACGAAGCGCCUGCGCUCGCGAGCACUCCUCUCGCCGUGCGUCGCCUGCUCGCAUCGACCACGCUCUCGUCCACGUAGACGAGGCCCGACAGACAGCCGACGUGAAAGCUCGCGCCACGAUGAAUCGCGCUCGCCGUCGGCCCGCCAGACAGGAUGUCAUUCUGCUUCGCUAAUCGGACACAGGAAGCCACGCCGGACCGUGGCGUCGAUUGCGCUCGCGCGCUCCUGCGCCAGCGCGACGGGCACACGUACACGGCCGACGACGACGACGACGACGACGACCGUCCGAGAAACCACCAGCCCCUUGUUGUGUUACCUGUGUGACAACGCCGCUGUGUGUGGGUGCACGCGAGGACCAAGAACAGCCGAGCCGAGGCGAGCCGAGCCGGGCCGGGCCGACCUGAACUGAAGAGCUGUGAAACUGUUCGCGACCCCGGAACAACUUUGCCCGUUUUCGGCCGUCGAUUUCGACUGGUACCGUUCCACUCGUGACUCGGGUAAUCCAUUCCGAUCGCAGACUAAAACGCGCCGGGAACGGUUCUGUCGCCAGGGGUGGAUUCUUCGGGGUGGAGUGGGUGGCUUUUCGGGGGAGGAUCGCCCCCGCCUGAGGCUGGAUGCGCCGUGAGUAACCGUCGGAUGCGAGAGCAGGAAGAGAAACGCCUCGAACAUAGGGUCGGCUUUGCUGCAGAAGUGGAGGAGGCGGAGGGGGAGGAAGAGGAGGAGGAGCUGCUGGUGCUGCCCGGCGUGGAGGGGCUGGAGGUGAUCGUCUGGUGAUGAUGAUCGGUGGCGGCAUCGCGACCCCUCCUGGUACUGCCAAGUCGGCGGCUGCGAUCGACAGCAAAAUGGUGCAGGUCGACGGCAUUGGCAGUGGUAGUGUCAGUGGCAGUGCUAGUGGUAGUGGUAGCCCUGCGACAGGCGCGACUACUACGCGUCUCACUGGCGGCAACAAUGCCGCCGGUAGCAACAACAACAACAACGGGGACGUUGCGAACAAUAACAAUAACAACAACAAUAACGAUGGACAUCCGGUGGUUAACAGCGGCUCCGCCCAGCCAGCGGACAAGUUCUGCUGCCACGACGACGAUGCGCCAGUCAGCACCGGCGUCACGCGACCUUGGGAACCACCCUCGCCGACCUUCUCGCAGACCAGGUCCCAUCUACUGCCGGUACAUCCGCCGCAUCCCCAUCAGCAUCCGGCCGCCCAUCACCAUCAACAGAUGACCGUGCCGCCUGUCUCUCUCAUCGACGGCGUGAGCUUGCAAAACUGCACCGCGGGCCCGUUCGCCAGCGGCAAUGGCGGCGGAGCUGGCAGACAAUGGUUAUUGGAACUGACCCAAGAACUAGGAGCCCUAAGACACUACAACGACCUGGCGAACCACGCGCUGUCUUUGAACCAACAGGGCGUAGUCGUCAGCAAACUUUUGGGUACGCUACGCCCGUCGGGCGUAAUCGGUGGCAGCAAGCCAAAAGUCGCGACGCCGGCCGUCGUCGCCAAGAUCGAGCAGUACAAGAGGGAAAACCCGACGAUCUUCGCGUGGGAGAUCCGGGAGAGACUCAUCUCCGAAGGCGUGUGCAGCAACUCGACGGCGCCAUCGGUGAGCAGCAUCAAUCGGAUCCUGCGUAAUAGGGCAGCGGAGAGGGCGGCUGCGGAAUUCGCGAGGGCGGCCGGGUACGGUUUGUACGCGGCGCGUCCACACCCGUACUUCAACAGCGCCCAUCAACACCCGAGGACCAGCCACCAUUUGCCGGCGAGCUGGCCGGCACCGGGGGCGGCGGGUCACCCUUGGAUAUUGCCGCCGUUGGCUACCGGAAUCUCCGGCGCGGCUUCCGCUCUCCUGCUGCCCCCGUCCUUGAGCCCGGGAGCCGCCGCAGCUGCAGCUGCAGCCGCCUCUGCAUCGGCCGCUGGCACCGCGGACCACUCCCUGCACGCCGACGCGAUGGCUCGGGGAUACCUGCAAGACGGUGACGGUGACGACGGUAGCGUGGAUGGAUCGGAGCAGCCUAAGUUCCGACGGAACCGCACCACCUUCAGCUCCGAGCAGCUGGAGGAGCUGGAGAAGGAGUUCGAGAGAUCGCACUACCCCUGCGUGUCGACGCGGGAGCGUUUAGCCUCGAAGACUUCGUUGUCGGAAGCUCGUGUACAGGUUUGGUUUUCCAACAGACGGGCAAAGUGGCGGCGUCAUCAGCGCAUGAACCUCUUAAAGCGUUCACCACCGCCGCCGCCGCCACCGCAGCCGCAGCAGCAACAGCCGCCGCCGCCGCCGCAGCCGCAGUCCGCAUCCGGUAUAGAACUCUGCCGUGCGUCAAGCUGCUCCAUCGCCGGCAUGGGCGGCGAAAGUAGCGCGUUCAGGGCGGUGGUGACCAACUCCUCGUCGAGGGAGGCUUCGGAAAGGACCGAGAGGAUCGACAGGGUCGAGCCAGUCGCGAAGCAGCCGGAGAGGAAGCCGAGCGCGUUCAGGAUGAUCAGCCAGCUGGUCGGCGAGGACUCGCCGAGCCUGCCCAGGCCCUCGAGUCCCGCGUACGAGCAGCAGAGGCACGGGCCCAAUUCGGGGCCCGGGAUCGGCUCCUCGGAGCUGGCGAACAACGGCGAGUUCGAGAGGCCGGAGGACGAGGAAGAGGACGAGGAGAUCGACGUGCAGGACACGGACCAGGACGUGCCCUCCUCGCCCACCGUCGCCUGGAGGGACCACUGGACGGACCAGCAGCCCCUCGAGCUGACCAAGCACGACCGCUGAAAGCGUUCAAGGUGGUGUCCUACAGAUCCUUGUGAUUCGCGCGGUGUCUCUACGAAAAUCCUCGAACGGUGACGAGAGCGAGAGAACGUUUCGGUGUCUGCCUAAACCCUCGGAGCCCGAGCCCGAUCCCGAUUCCGGAAUUUGGCGAACUGGGCCGAUCGGUGCGUCGGAAUCCCAUUCAGGAGACUCGUCCUCUUGUUUGCUUAAUGUCUCCCACUUUCUCCGUCGCCGGCCAACCAACAAUGUCGGCCGGACAACGUCCCCUAGCACCUAGGAAGCUACUUACUACGAUUACGGUCAAUUUAUUACGAUUAAGGUUACGCUAAGUGCUACGAAGAUCGUUUGUGUAAUGCUCCAGCGCGGCAUCCGGUGGCGUUACGGUGUGUUCGGAUCAGACGAAUCCUCGAUCGUCCUCCAGUUUGAUCAAAUACGCGCUCGCUACGCAAGAACAACAACGACGAAUCGGCGAGCUAAUGAUCGUGCGGUUUAAGUUGAUCAUCGACGAACUCGUGUGACUUGGACAUUCGUCGAAUCGUGCAUGAAUGCGGCACGUUUGAUGAAACGGCGACAAUUCGCUUGGUCUAGAAGCAUCUUCACGCCGGAGCCGCAGGCAUUUAGAUAGGUAAUUAACAACGUCGCGGACGGAUCAACGCCCCGGAACAAACCUGUUCGGAACUAGUCCCGGCCGAAUCGUUACGCCGCGCGGAUCCUGAUCAUGUAUUUGCCUAGACGCUGCUGCGUAGGUAGGAGUAGGUGUUCAGACGAUAAUACUGUAACCGAACUCUGUUAACAGUGACUCUUAUUUAAAUGAAUUCGUUUGUAAAUAUUCACACACACACACACACACACACAAACACACACACGGCUUUGAAAAAUGAUCUUUUACAAUCUA